AUGGGUCUGGUUCGAUGUUGCCAUGGCCUCGCACGGGAUGAGUUGGGUGGCUGGUCAACACUCCUUCAGCGACACCGUUUCCUCUUAACAGCCUUCGCUCUCUUGGCUUUCUUAUGCACAAUCUAUCUCUACUUCGCUGUUACCCUAGGGGCCACUGAAUCAUGUUCUGGACUGACAGGUACCAAAAAGACAUUAUGUCGUUUGGAGCUGGCAAAGGAUUCUGUAGGCAAUGGAAAACUCAAAUUUUUCUAGCACGGAUGACACAGUCAAUCGGUUCUUGGUAGUGUUUUCUCUGCCUCAUGCUUGAGCUCCUUGGUGACUUUGUAUAC